GAUGCAGAGGAUGGCGUGUCUUUCGUUGACGCUUUUGAUGGGCCUUCUCCACCAGGGGACUUUCGAAGAACCCAGUCUACAUUUGCACAAGCGCUGCACCGCCUUGACUCAUCGCUGUCGGCAGCAGCUGCCAUCAGCCGCCAUCUUCCCCACAGCUCCCGGCGGAUGGGUGGCCGCAACGUCUCAUCACUGGUCCAGCUGGACCAGACGACACGAGAAGUGGAGCUGAGAAAAGGCGCGGCCCACGAUUGGCCGACGCUUCAUGUGGAUAACGUCGAUUUCACUGAGGCUUUCAAGAUCCUGACUAUUCAGGGCAUGACGUUUAUCGCAGCUCGUGAGCUGCUCAAGGUCAACCAGGAGACCAAGGAGGUGCAGCGAUGGAAAGACGCUCUGACAUCGAAAAGAGUGGACACGGGCCUGGUGCCCCUCCCGGACCAUGAGGCACCCGUCUACUCCGAAGGGUAUGGAUGCAUCACUCAUGCACAGCGACCCACUCACCACUCUCGUGAAUGUAUGCAGCUUUGGCGUUCGUUUCUCGGGUGGUGAUAGCGGCAACAGCGGGCCAUUCCUGGUCACCGAAGAAUCGUCAUUUUACGUCGGCAAGAACCUACAGAUUCUUGAGCCGGGCUUUACCGUCUUCCUCUAUCUGAACUUUGCACAAGAGGGUAUGAAUAGGGAGACCAUUCUCUUCGACAGCCAAACAGGUGGGGCAGGAGCACGGAGACAUGGAUGAGCGGGGCACCUGCAAUCCGUCCUGCUGGUGCUCGCACUGAUGCAGGGUUCAAAAUCUUCACUGCUCCCGAUCCAAAGAAACGUAUCGGCCACAUGCUGUUUGGUGUCUUGAUCGGCAAGACGGAAGGGACCAAGCAGCAGCGCAUCUUCGUGGAGGCGUGCUGGGGGAGGCCGACUCUCUACACUGUGGCCAUCAACCCCCACUCCACAGGACGACUCAAGGUAGGCAGGCCGAUACACACACGCCCACAAAGAGAUCGUUUCAUUUCUUCUGUGGCCUGUCUGCCUGCGCAUGCACAGGUGACUAUACUACGUGAGAAGGACGACUUGUUGGGCCCUCAGGGUCUGGUCAACCUCGACGAGACCGACGCUGAGCUGUCCAAGCCAGGGCGCUUCUACAUCGGAGCCGAUGAGCAGGGCUCCCACUGCUUUCACGGUUCUCUGCAGGUGAUGGUGGUGCAAUUUCGCGGCUUCAGCAAAACCCAACUUGUGCAAGCCAUUGACGAGAUCGAGCAGACAAUCUUGGGUACGGAUGCUGAUCAAUGGGGACACACAUGGAUGGAUCCAUGCGUCGCUUCUUGCAGUUCGAAAGGAUGUGUGCGGUGAUGGUGUCGUGGGUGGCAUGGAGGAGUGCGACGGAGACGACAACUGCUCAUGCAACUGCCAAAGUGCGAUAGAACACGUUUCACGUGUAUGCGUGUUGUUCUCACACCGCACGCCUCCCUGCCUGUUUGCAGAGAUGUGUCCCCCCUGGCCCCAGUACGAGGGUAAACACAAGUUCCUCGACAAGCACCUCAAGCUCGUGGCCGGCGCGGGGUCCACUGGCCGCGAGGUGGGCGACUACCGCUACAUCGAGUGCCAGCAGGGAUUCACGUCGGCAUUCCGCUUCCUUCAUAAAGAGACCAUCACGUGUGAGGAGGGCGGCAACUGGGCACACCCCCUGCUCACGUGCCAGCGGAACUGCCCCACCAAAUUCAGUGAUGCCGACCCCCGCAACCAUCAAUAUUUGGUGGCGGGGCCGACGGAGGAGAGGCGGCAUGGGACGCACCUGACUGUGAGCUGCAAGGCUCGGUUUACAACAGCUGAGGGGGUGCCUGACAAGCCGCGGGUCGUCAAGUGCCUCAAUGGACACUGGACCAACCCUGGACUGCAGUGCUUCGGUACGGUACAGACACACACCAGAUUAGCCAGCUCACAGUGCACGAAUCGUGUCCACUGCAGCUGACUGUCCCGAGUACGCCGAUCUUGGCCAGAAUCUCUAUCGAGUGGAACCUGAGCGGGGCAAGGGGCCGCUGCGGCAUGGCUCCAUCCGCAACAUCACCUGCGUUCCCCCGGCUGUUCCCAGCGGCAACUCGUCUUACGCCAUUGUCUACUGCCUGCACGGACGAUGGCAAACCAGACAAUUCAGCUGCGAAAGUGAGUGACCGACAGACAGCACUGGAUUGCCAUCUUCAUCCAUGAGUGUACGUGUGUAUGCUGCAGUGCGCUGCCGCACCUACGGGCGUCCGCCGCCGCCCUACCGCAUUGUGCGGACGUCCAAGAGUGACUUCUCUGUGAAGCCCCCCAAGCACAACCUGAUGGAGCUGACGUACAACGGCGACUGGAUCGACGUCGGUUGCAACCCCGACGAGAGCGCACCGGCCUGCCGCAAUGAGGGCAAGAACUGCUCGGGCGACCCCACACGCAUCUGGUGUCUCGGCGGCAUGUGGACACAAAACAAUCUGCAGUGCCUCUGUGAGCUGCCUGCCCGACACAGACAGACAGGAUGAGCUCCAACCAAUCGAUGUGUCUUACGUUGUGUUGUGUGGUCGGCCUGGGCUGCUUCAGACAAUUGCCCGCCAUUUGAGGAGUUCCCUUUAAUGAACACCAAGGGCCACAGCGGGCUGCCCGACCGCUACCGCCUCCAAUUCGGCGGCAACAAACACGGCGACUUCUCCAAACUGUUCUGCAAUAACGGCUACUCGUCGGCCACAGCGGGCAUGGAGUUUCAGACCAUCAAGUGCUGGAAUGGCACAUACGAUACUGUCGGCCUCGAUUGCCGCGCCGACUGCGCAACGCCUCCCCGGCUGCCGGAAAAGGGCUACAGACUCACCGGGACUGGCAUACGACAUAACGACAAACGGGUGCUGGAGUGUGAUGCCAGCGCUGGAUACGCCAGUAUAUCUGAGGUCAAGUUGGAGAACAUCACCUGCAUCGACGGCAUCUUCACGGGCCGGACGCUGCAGUGUCGCCAGGAAUGCCCGAAGGGCUACCUUGUGUACCUCAUUGCAACCGGAUACAAGCUGCAGAGGCUCAGCCGCCUACAUCCGCCGGCCAACGCCAGCGAGACGGAGGCUGGCGGGAACGCCACUGAGCUAUCGGGUGGGGGCGACCAGACGUUGGCCAGCCAGUUAUCCGAGGCAGAGACCGGCUUGAAGAAGCAUGCCGACAUUGACGAAACGAAAUACGACAUGGUCAACCUGACGGUCAGCAAUCUCCCUCUCACAUUGCGCCCAAACACAGAAAUAUCGGCGAGGUAAACGAAGAGCUUUCCAAUACAGGAGACACAGGAGACAAGGCACCUGACCCCACUUUGUUGGCGCAUGCAGGUGCGACAUCGAAGCGGGUUAUUCGCCAGCUGAUUUGACGCCAACGUCAAGCGACGAGGCCAUCCAGACGAGGGAGCCAGUGCGCGUCAUCUGUCUCGGCAGCGACGAUCCCAUGCUAGCGUUCUCGAAGCUCAGCCUGGAAUGUGCUGGUCAGUAUGCUGUGAUCAUCCCGUCCAAAGGAUAGAUACCACCCACAUGUGUGUGAUGCUGUGCAGCAUCGUGUGACACUGCCCCGCUGAGGAAGCUCAACGAGGUGCCCAACUACCAGAUGGUGUGGUCCUUCCGAUGGGGCGAUCGCCGCGAGGUUGGCAAACUGUACAGCCCACAGGACAUCCUGGAAGGGGCCCUGCCGCCCCGCAUGUACCACAACGCCAUCGUGAGGAUGUCGUGUUCAGAGGGCUACGCGUCUCGCACGCUCAACGCCACGGGCUAUCCUGGCUCCGACCGCGACCGUCUCGAGUGUAUUAAGGGCAACUGGACCAAGAGAACCCUCACGUGCGCGGCGGCGUGCCCCGACUAUCCCGAGCUGCCGGCACAGUACAAAGUGGAGGCCUUCCCCGAAGCGGGGGCCAAGUUCCACGGGGCAAAGCGGUGGAUUCGAUGCGAUCCCGAGCUGUCGUCGUCGACCACUGACAUGCAGCAAGAUGAGGUGACGUGUGACAUGUGUCAACGGCUUCUGGACUCAGAAGAGCAUCGUCUGCAAAAGUCAGUGAGACAUACGUACACGCGAGCCGGCCAGCGGAGGCACGAUUACAUUGUCAUUUGUUGCCUUGUUGUCGAUGCAUCCGUGCAGAUCAGUGUCCCGAGAUCAAAACCGUCGAUGUUGA